AUGAAGUCAGUUUAUCCUGUUCUUUUGUUUCUUUCAAUUCCUCCAGAGUCCAGCCUUGGAUUCCAUGUACCAAUUUAUCCUUUUCCAAGUCCUGGACGGUCACGGUUCCAACCCUUCGAAGCUGCAAAAGGUGGAGCGAGCAAAGGAUUUGGAGGGAAGAUAUCUGCAAAACCAAAGCGACCAAACAAGGCUUCUGUCGUAAAGCAGCUUCAGAAGAAAUAUGGUGGUACAUCCCCUGAAGAUAUAGCUAGAGGAACGCAACGUAUUAUCGACAAACGCUUGCAGAACUUGUCACCACACCUCCAAGAGGCUCUCAAUCUUUAUCAGUACUUACGAAAGUGGAACUACCAAAUCAACAUUAUGAGUGCAUCACCAUCUUCCCACAUUCGACAAGAGCAGCUGGAUGAAGUCAAACGGGCACAAGAGGAGCUUGACAAACUCUUGAAGACCCAUUCUCUAACUACUACUGAUUUGCACAACGUUUUACAAGCAGCUACAUGGGAUGCCUCUGCUGAUGCGAAGGUGGCUCGAUCAAUAAGGGGGGACAUGCCUACAGACAUACAACGGAAGGUACAGAAAGGUUGUGAUAGCGUCGCAACAGCCAUAGGCAAUGACGGAAAAAUCCUCGAUGUCGGGUGCGGCUAUGGAGUCACAAUCCCUUUCAUGAAGAAGUCUGGAAUAGCCGCAUCACAGAUGUACGGGAUUGAUUUGUCAACUGAAAUGAUUCGAAACGCAGAGGUUUUGUAUCCAAGCUCCAAUUGGACUGCAGGCGAUUUCUUUGCAUAUCAACCAUCAACUGCCUUUGAUGCCAUCUUAUUUUGCAGCAGCUUACAUGAUUUGCCCGAUCCUGAAAAGGCAUUGACAAAAGCUGCGUCUCUUCUGAAUCCAGAAGGAAUAAUCGUUGUUCUGCACGCACAGGGAGCGAGUCAAGUUCUGAACCAAGUUAGAUCAAAUCCAGUACUGGUUCAAAGGGGUCUGCCAACAGCAGUUGAAUUGCGAUCCAUCCCAGGGCUAAAGUUGAUUGCUGACCCGGCGGCUCCGAGUUCGCAACAGGAAUCUAGGGAUGGAUAUAUCGCAAUCUUAAAAAAAUAUGACCACACAGUUGGCUAG